AAUAGCAGGGAACCUUACUCCUCUACUCGAAUCAUUGUUGGUAUAAAAUGAUAAUUUGUGGUCUUCAUAGGCGAAAAAGUGUCGACGCUACCGGUUAAGACGGAUGGCAGCCUGAUUGAUCGGCAGCGAAUUUCACGUAUUUGGCAGUUCGCUCGUUCACAAGUUCGUUUGGAAUAAUACAAGGGUGAAGUGAGUCCCUGAGGAAUUCGCGGUUAAGAGCAGUCCGGAGUUACCAUUGGAGGAGUUAUAAUCCGGUAACUUCAGCGUAGCAGAAGAGCAAAGAAAAGUCUGUCGACAGCUACUUUGCACACGUGUAAAUUACUGUCAAGUAUAUGUGAGCCGUCAGUUUUGCAUUCUCUUGCGACCCCUUACGAGGACACAAAGAAAACCCUUCACCUCUUCUAAAGACGCAAUUUAAGACUUCCAAGACUACUCAAGUUACGGAGAGACCGGUUUCAAAGCGCUAAAACACAAGGCUACACAGAGGAUAGGACAGCGAACUUCGGAGGGAAGCUAUAGCGAGAUGAUUAAGAACAAGGAUACAAAGUACACGAAACUCUUCGUGGGUGGAAUACCGUACGAAUCUGACGACGAUGCCUUGCGAAAUUUCUUCACACAGUUCGGGGAAAUCGAUGAGGCGGUCGUCAUUAGAGAUAGGAUAACAAAACGAUCUAAGGGAUACGGAUUUGUUACGAUGGUAACUUCGGACGCCGCGAAGYUGGCUUGUAAGAAUAAACACCCAAUCAUUGAUGGUAGGCAAGCAAAUGUGAAUCUUGCGUACCUUGGGGCAAAACCAAAACCUGUAAAAAUAACUAACAAGCUGACAAGCAGCCCGACAUAUUCUUUCCUCCCUGAUUGUUCUAUUGGGCCAUCUCCACAGUACGUCUACGCUACACCAAUCUAUUCACCAACGCAAGCGCCAUCACCAAAUCCCAUCAGUCCAAUAACGAUGAUUCCACCUCAAUCACCAAACGGGCAGCUCGCCCCAUCAAUGCAAGCAUUCCAGCAACCUUGUUACGUCGAUUGCAACGGCAAUGCAAUGAUGAUUGUGUAUCCAAUGUACGAGCCUUACCCUCCCUACCCCCCUCCGUAUCCGACCAGUACUACUACGUACGUGCCAUCUCCAACAGGCAACAACGCCGGCCAGAUCUUCACAUUCCCUACCAUGCCAGGGCCUGGAACACCGCCUCUGAAUGGUAUUAACGGUACRAUGAAUGGACAACAAUUUUUCCAAGCCCCACCCUUUGAAACGAUCUGCCCACCRCCACCACAGGUGCAGUGAGCGUUUGUUUACAAGCGCAUUUUUAUAAAUCAAUUACACAGAAUUAUUCAAAUAGUUCAUUUAUGAAGAGCUAGGAGCAAAAUUACGUAACAAACGAAAUCAAUUCAAAGUCAUCGCCCUUACAGUCACCAUACGUUUGAGCGGUUUCGUAUGAUUGGGAAACAAUGGGCACUGGCUUACAAGCACGUACACAGUACGACAUGCAGUAAUAUUGAAAUGGUUUCCCAUUAUCAAUACGGAUUAUCGUAUGAGUGGGAAACGUACGUUACAUGUAAGAAUGGUUACCGUAUGAGUGCACUGUAUGACAUGCCGUAACAUUGAAAUGGCUUCCCAUUGCUUGUUUUCAAUUCUAGUUUUCCCCAUCGUUUCCCACUCAAACAAAAACCGCUCAAUAACACCGUGAUAUAGGUUCAUUAUGAUAUUCAAUCCCACAGACAAUUAAAAGUAAGAUUGUCUAGUCAUUAGUAGUCAAAGUAUUACACAAAACACGGUGCUUAUACGUGUUUUAGUAGUGCUAGGACAACCACGGAAUAUUUUCAAAAGUUCGUACAGAGCUAAAGCACAGUUAAUUGCAAACACUUAAAAUAACUCAAAGUUAGAAUAUCAAAAUGCAAAACGCGAAAUCAAACUUCGGUCUAGCAAAUAUAAUACGAUUCUUAUAAUACGAUAAAGCUUUUUUUGAAUAUUUAGCUUAGCUGUCACAAGUUAAAAUAUAUUUUUGUUGAAGCUGCAUAGGUYUAUCAAAUAAGAGUUUAUGAAGUCGUAAAAGCUUAUUUCCUAAAAGGGGGGUUUAAGCGUUUAAGUUUAAGCCUGGUUUCCAUAUGAUCGCUCACGAUCGCCGGAUCGCUGAAAAUGAUGCCAGCGAUCGUGAACGAUUAUAUGGAAACACUUUUCAGCGAUCGAGCGAUCGUGAGCAACCGUGAGCGAUCGUUAGCGAUUAUAUGGAAACACAUUUCAGCGAUCGAGCGAUCGAAAUGUAUUCCAUAACGCAUCUUUCAGCAGUGGUAGUCAUAGCGACGCUCUAAACAAAACAAAACAUUGGCCUUGCGUGAAGACUGUAUAUUCUAGAUUGAUCUUGAGUUCAAGUUAUUUCUACACAAUAUGGCUGAAAGUCAUGAUAGUACAGCCUUAAUGGAAAAUAUUCUCGAUCAAACAGUCGAAGCUCAUCGAAUAGGUUGUGGUAAAGACCUUGCUGUUUUCUGUUUUUGAAGACAUGUCUCACCCAAAAACGAUGAGAUCUUUUCUGUUUCAAAUGUGAUCUUCGCUUGGCUAAAGCAAGCAGAAGAACAGCGCUUCCUUGUAGAAAGACGCUUUCUUCGUCCGCCAUGUUGUCAAAACGCUAUGCUACCACGCGUGGCUCAUAUGGAUUACAACUUACCAUAUACGUUGGCUCAUAAAAGAGCCACAAACUCAAGUGGAGCUCACUGUAGCAUAAACUUCAGCGACUUUAUGGAAACAUAUGCCAGAAACUGAUAGCGAUCGUGAGCGAUUCAUGCAUCAAUAAUUUCAGCGAUCCGGCGAUCGUGAGCGAUCAUAUGGAAACCAGGCUUUAAGAGCGUAAACCAUGGGCGCGGCAAAGAUAGAGAAGUUUUAAAAUCAGAAAAUCGCAAAGAAAAACAAGUUUUAAUGUAUUGGCUUUAAGAAAUAAAUUGAUAAGGUUUGAGAUGUCAUGGCCUCAAAAGAAAGCCCUACUUUAACAAUGCCUCUUUUCUUGCAUUUAGUUCUAUCUUUUGAAAGCGAAUUCUCUAAGUUCCUAAUACUUGGUCAAACAUUGUUUUAGUAAGACACUCAACUGUUAUUGAUUUUUUUAUAACCUUUCAUCAACGGUUCAUAAUGUAAAAUUAAGUCAACAUUUAAGGAGUAAAAUAUUUAUAAACGAAAUUGCCUAGAAUUAAUGAAUACGAAUCUUGAUUUCAAAAUAGCUAAGAGUUAAAAUCAUUUCGGGAUUGACCGCCAGAAUCUAAAGAUUUAGAACAGUCUUGCAGAUUUUGGAAGUCGCUAAACUCUGUACAAAAGCCAUAUUAUUUAAACAACAAGCACCAUUUGAUAAUAAAAAUAUUACGUAUUAAAA